AUGCAGAAAGUGGUGUUGAAGUUACAUGUUCAUGAUGAAAGGGAGAAAAAGAAGGCCAUGAAAUCAGUUUCUAGCCUUUCAGGGAUAUUGUCUCUUGCAAUGGACAUGAAGGAGAAGAAGCUAACAGUAGUAGGAGAUGCUGAUCCAAUUAAAAUUGUGGGAAAAUUGAAAAAAUACUGCCACGUGGAAUUACUGACCGUGGGGCCCUCAAAGGAGCCGGAAAAAAAGGAAGGGGUAAAAAAGGAAGAAAAUAAAAAUAGUGAGCCAAUUGAAGAGCUUAUGAAACUUUACAACAAUCACUUUCCUCAUUACACACAGUACUACCAUGUCUACAGUGCUGAGGAGAAUCCUAAUUCUUGUGUUAUUUGCUGAUUUUUUUAGUAGGAUUUUGUAAUAUAAUAUAUAUAUACAAGAAAUAAAUUAUUUAUUUAUUAAA